AUGGCGUGGUUUUCCUUGGAUGCGCCGCGCCUGUCUCUCUUGGUGUCGACUUUGUCUUUUCUGCUGUCCUUGUGGUACUACACGAACAUGGUCCACCUGACUCAGCAGCUGCAGCAGGCGAACACGAUGAACGUCUUGUACGCAGACUACUCGUCGCCCAAGACGCUGGCGGCUCUGGAGCUGAUCGAAGACUUCAUCGAGCGCCACGGCAUCGAGAACUACCCUUUCGCCUUCCUCUCUCUCCGGAAGGAGGGCCGCGAGGAGGGCCGCAACGUCGACCGGUCGCGCCGACACCUUACUCAGUGGUUCUCCCGUGUGCAAUACUUCUACGAGGGUGGCUAUCUCCAGUUCGAUGCGCUGCGGAAGUUCCCGGGAGCUCAGCGGGCGAAACAUUUCCUCGACCUCGUCGAGCCGCUCGAGUUCGUCAGCCGAAAAACGACUGGCCGGAAACACGCGGGCGUCUUCGACUUCCUCCGCUCUCUCUACCACCUGAAGAAACAUACGCUGAGUCCUGAAUUCGUCGAACAAGUGAACAAGCUCCUCGAGGGAGACCGCGCAGGACGACGCAGCGCGAGGCCCGCGAACUCGCGCAAUCGAAAGGAGACAGAGAGCCCCGCAGGCGACGACGAUGGGCGCGCCGGCGGCCAGCGAGGACCUGAGAGGAGACAUGGUGCAGGUGAGGCCGACUCAGGCGAGGCCAGCAGCCUGGCCGCGACGGAAGCAGAGGGCGACGCUCUCCCCCACGAGAGACGAUUCAGCGCGUACCCCAUGGAGAGCGUCGGCGCGGAGGGAGAAGAAGAACUUGAAGACGAGUUCGAGGAAGGUGGAGAUGCAGACGCGGCGGCCAAUACAGAGAAGGAAGAGAGAGAGGAGAACCGCGGUGAAACGGAGAAGCAACAGGGAAGCGAGAGAAAAGCAGAGGACCAGGAGAACAAGGGGAGGAACAAGGAAGAAAAGAACGCACAGGCUUCCUUCGAGGUACAGAAAGCAGGGACAGACGAGAGAGAGGGAAGGAAAGAGGAUCGAAGAGACGAUCGAGGAGAAGAACUCUGA